AUGGGUCGCGUCAUCCGAGGUUGCCGUAAGGGUAAAGGGUCGGUGUUUACCUCCCACACCCACACCCGCAAGGGCGCGGCGAAGCAUCGCCAACAGGAUUACGCCGAAAGACACGGUUACGUCAAGGGCGUGGUGACGGAUAUCAUUCACGACCCGGGUAGAGGCGCGCCGUUGGCCAAGAUGACGUUCCGUCACACCAAGCGUUACGGUCUCCAAAAGGAGCUCUUCAUCGCGGCGGAAGGGACGUACACGGGUCAAUUCGUGUACGCCGGUAAGAAGGCGCAGUUGGCUAUUGGUAACAUCUUGCCGAUCAGCUCUAUGCCGGAGGGUACGAUCAUUUGCAACGUUGAGUCCAAGCUCGGUGAUCGUGGUACCUUGGCCAAGGCGUCUGGCGAAUAUUGCAUCUUGAUCUCGCACAACCUCGAUACGGGUUUCUCCCGCAUCAAGCUUCCGUCUGGGGCCAAGAAGACGAUUCCUUCCGGUUGCCGCGCGACGGUUGGUCAAGUUUCGGGUGGUGGUCGCUGCGAUAAGCCCAUGCUUAAGGCUGGUGCGAGCUACCACAAGUACAAGGUCAAGCGCAACAGCUGGCCGAAGGUUCGUGGUGUGGCUAUGAACCCGGUUGAGCACCCUCACGGGGGUGGUAACCACCAGCACAUCGGUCACGCGUCCACCAUUCGUCGCGACCGUUCGGCUGGUGCCAAGGUCGGUCUUAUUGCCGCCCGACGCACUGGUCGUCUUCGUGGGGCGAAGCCUUCCGAGGCUGACUAGAUUUCACCGUAAUACGACUCUCUCGAGAUUCC